CCCUCCACCACCACCAACUCCUCCCCCACCUCCACCACUUCCUAACAAAAGAAAGCUCAAGCCAUCUCCACCACGACUUUUGGUGAAGGCAAAAUCUUCUUUACCACUACCUCCACCGGUUAUGUCCGGGACCAGUUCAUUUCCACCCUGGAAGCCACCUAUUCCACCUAGAGGGAAUACCACCAAAAAUAGCAAUGUGGAUACAGUAGAAAACUGGAAAGAAAAUGACGAAAUUCAAAUGAAACUUAAGCCACUACACUGGGACAAGGUUGUUGCCAAUGCUGAUCAUUCAAUGGUCUGGGAUGAAAUCAACGAUGGAUCUUUCAGAUUUGAUGACGAACUCAUGGAAAACCUCUUUGGAUACACUACAACUAGAGAGAAACCGACCAGUGGAAAUGGCGCAUCCUCAAAUUUAGGCAGUGCUAAAUCAGCUCCACCAGCACAAAUUUUCAUCCUUGAACCCCGAAAGUCCCAAAACAAGGCAAUAAUUAUUAAAUCUCUUGCAGUUUCUCGUAAAGAAAUCCUUGAGGCUCUCGUGGAGGGCCAAGGCCUCGAUGCUGACACCCUCGAAAAAUUAACCAAGAUUUCCCCAACAGAAGAUGAAAUAACCAAAAUCCUCCAUUUCAAUGGGAACCCUGCAAAACUUGCUGAUGCAGAGUCUUUCCUAUACCAUGUAUUGAAAGCAAUUCCCUCAGCAUUUAUGCGUUUCAAUGCAAUGCUAUUUAGAUCGACAUAUGAUCCAGAGAUACUUCAUCUCAAGAAAUCUCUGCAGACUCUUGAAUUGGGAUGUAAGGAACUAAGAACUCCGGGAAUUUUCUUUAAACUGCUCGAAGCCAUUCUCAAGGCUGGCAAUCGAAUGAAUGCUGGUACAGCACGAGGAAAUGCCCAAGGCUUCAACCUUAGUUCCCUGUUAAAACUUUCUGAUGUCAAAAGCACAAAUGGAAAGACUACUCUGCUUCAAUUCGUAGUCGAGCAAGUAAUCUGUUCCGAGGGAAAACGUCGUUUAAUCAAUCAAACUGAUAAAAAUGGUGAUGCCAAACGAGAUUCAGAUAGCAAGAUUUCUGAAGGAGAAAGAGAUAUGGAGUACUUAAUGCUAGGAAUACCAGUGGUAUUAGGCUUAAGUACUGAAUUAUCCAAUGUGAAGAAAUCAGCAACCAUCGAUCAUGACAGUUUCGUCAACACGUGUUCAACUCUUACAGCCAAAAUUCACGACAUCAAAUGGCUCAUAACACGCUGCAACGAUCACGAACAGGGUCGAUUCUCCAUCGAAAUGAAAGGCUUUCUAGAAGAUUGUGAAGAGGAACUCAAUGUAGUGGGAGAUGAACAAUCAAGGGUAAUGGAAUUAGUGAAGAAAACAACAGUAUAUUAUCAAGCAGGAGGUAAUUCUAAAGACAAAGGCACAAAUCCACUUCAAUUAUUUGUUAUUGUGAAAAAUUUCUUGGAUAUGGUUGAUCAAGUUUGUGACGAUAUAUCGAAGAAACUGCAGAAGAAAAAACAGACUAGUACAGGAUCAUCAACGCCAUUAUCGCCAUUGUCAAGGUCUCCCGUGAGAUUUCCCAGUUUGCAGUCUUUUUCUAGGACACAAAAUCCAGGAACAUUUUCAAGUGAUUCAGAUGAUGAUUUUUGAGAAAGAUUUAGACAGGAUUUAUGUAAAGUUUUUCAAUUCUAUAUAGUCUCCAAUCCAAUCCAUUAUAAA